GCGCCGGAAGUCUCCUACCUGUCCACCCCCUCUUCGAGCUGCCUUGCUUACAAACCCCAGGUUGCCUGACGAACCUGUAGCAUCUAAUUCUUCACCCUAUCACAACAACUCUUCGACCGAAUGCUCAAGAGACGGGUUUAUGGCAGCCGUCAAAUUUGCGAGGAUGCAAAGGCUGCCUAUCGAGAUCAUGACUUAUAUCGCAAAUUCUCUGAAUCUACAUGACAUUUUCAACCUAAGUCUCGCUUGCAGACAGUUCAGGUACCUUGUGGACAACGAUGACAUUUGCCGGGCUGCCUUGGAGACUCACGCGCCGUACUCAGCUGAGUUCCAAGCUGCCCGCUCCUCGAAGCAGUAUGCUCGCUGCUUGCGACAACUGGUCAAGCUUCGGGACGCUAUCGCCACUGCCAAGCCAUACACCACAGCUCUUGUCGCUCAGGCUGUCGACUUCAUCUAUUGCAACGGCACACUUUGUUAUACGGAAGGUUACGAGGUGCUGCGUCUCCUCAAUUUGCACGCUUCAUCGGACAAAGAGAAUAUCAUUGAUACUCGGAUGCUGCUACAAUCUGUACCGGGCGCGAACCUCGCCAGCAGCAAAUACAAAUUUCGCCCGAUCCACUUCGCCCAUGGAGUUUUGUCUUGUCUUUACAGCCCACCUAAGACCGAAGGUCGAAGUCGCCUCGUUAUAAUCAACGUGGAGCAGAGGACGCUUCUCACAGCCCAACGUCUCGAGUCAACCUCUAAGCUAUUUGUGCGCAACAAUCAAGAUUACCUUUACUACGGCACUCACUCGGUAACUGGGGAUGAUGGCUUUAAGCGAUGGGUUCUACGACGAUUUGAUAUACGAACCAAGCAAUGGAUUCCGGGUCACCUGGAUCUCGAGGACCUAGCUGGGUCAGACAUCGGAGCUACCGUUUGCUUCGAAAUCAUCGACGAUUAUUUUUAUGGGUUGUCUAGCCUGGCCAGUUUCGAAGUAUACGAGACUGAUUCGCUGUCGUAUUAUUACGGGUUUCGGUUGCCAGUCGGCAGUACCCAGCCCGGAGACAUGCAACUGGCGUCGAAAGAUUCCAUGCUGAGACGAGAUCACAAAGACGGGCCGAUAGACGAUCGAUGGAGUACAUUGCAGCUUGCGAAAGACUUGGUCACCGGGAAUGUCAUGGUGUCAGAAUGCCGAAGGGAAUGGCUCGUAAACGAAUCGUCCAGCGCGAGAGCAGCCUACCGGAAGGAGGUCAUUUUUGCGGCCCCUCCCGUGGACCCUGGCGAAGAAGACGCCGAAGCUGACACCAACCGAACCACACAUAUAUCAACCCCGCGCUGCCCAUCUACUAAGCUAGUCUCAUUGGAGAAGCAAGGGGACAAACCCUACGUUCACAGGGGUGAUGAUGGCUCAACAUCGCCGACUAUAACCCUGAGCCAAUGUUUUAUACGUUCAUAUAAUCAGUCUUGCGAAACAUUCAUCGACUUGGUAAACGAUCCUGUCGCUGCCGAAUCGAUGACGCAAAGACCGCAAAUACGUUCAAUUUCUCGUUUCCCUCAAAGCGGAACCGGCCGGGUCCCGAAGGAAUCACCCGCUGACAGUUCUGCUCAGGUCUCCCACCAGACCCAUGGACCUAACGAGAUUUCAUGGUGGCUACCAGAGGUCGAAGUGAGCCAACGAAAUGUGCACCUUGACACAUUGGAUAACAUACUCCGACCUCAAGGCCAGAGUACAUACGGUAACAUCUCAGGGGUUAUGGACGAGCGCUCUUUGGUAUACGCCGUUGGGCAAAAGGGUUCUCAAACCAGACGGCCUUUGGUCUUCAUCUGUUUUGACCCUUCCGUCAAACUCAUCGGACUCACCCGGUGGCCUGGCGGCCCAACAAGACCGCCUUGCACCUACGCAACCACAGAAAGCGACGAUGCGAAAGAUCCAGGGCCCUAUCCUACGUCGAAGUCUCUGACGGUGUCUGCUCCCGGUUCGAGAAACUCUUCUUUCAGUGAGGGGUUCAUUCCUGGUCCGUCACAAACAUCCGCCAACGUGGAGACAGACAUCGGCAGGUCAGACGCGCCUUCCUGGAUAAGAAGAGCCUCGGCCGCUUAUCUGCAAAGCAUCUACAGCCUUGGGAAACCUGUUGGUUUCAACUUUGCGUUUAGCAAGGAUCAUUCGGUCCCGUGCCGGUGUUGCUGAUGGGAGCCUGCCGCUGGCAGCUCUAUCAAACGUUCUAGACGUCUUACUGGCAUCCCACGGCGGCAAGAUCUCAUGUUGGUACUUUCCUAAUAGGGCUACCAAGAUGACGAUUCCGUGCAGACAUCUGUAUUUUGCUCCAUUUAAAGACGCGAAAGGGCAUGGGACGGAGGGCUUCGGACGAUGACAACUGCACCUACGCUCUCUUCUAUCGUUAGUCAAUGCAGGUAGCCCGCUCGACCUUUCCAGUAGCGUCCGCCUGAAUCUUUGCUUUUGUAAUUGGACAGGGGGAUGUCAUGUCGGUUCCGGGUCG